ACUUCCUUAAUCAUUUCUCUUUGAGCAGGCCUGGUGGCAAAAAAUUAUUAGUUUCCCUAGAAACAGGGUUCCUGUUUUCUCUAUCCAGAGUUAUUUCCGUUGAUCUAAUGAGAUUUAAUCCAGUUUAUAAAUGGUGAGUUCUCUUUAUAAAAUAGACAUUUGCCAUAUAGUAUUGUGGCAGAAUUCAAUCCCUGACUCCAUAUUGAGUAAUUUACUUCUUUGAAAAUAUUUUUUGAGCUUCUACACCAUGGCAGGCAUGUUGUAGGCAAUGGAGACACAUCAAUGAACAAAACAGGCAAAGUGCUGGCUUUGAUAUGACAUACAGUCUAGUGAAGGAGACUGAGUAAGAUAAAUACAAAAUCGAAUUCAGUUAAGUGCUAGGAAGAAAUAUAAAGCCUGGUAAGUUCAUAGAUUGUAACCUGAGUUAUUUUAGGAAGAGUUUUCAGGAUAGGCUUUUCUGUGCAGAUAUAAUUUGAACCAAAGCCUAAAUAUACUGUGGGGAGACCGCCAUCAUAUUUUUAAGUCCAGAACACUAUAGAACUUUCUAAGUGUUUUCUUUGGGGUUCCUGCCUCAGCAUUCUCUGAGAAGCUUGUAAAAGAAGGCAAAUUCUUGAGUCACUCCCCAGACAUUCCAAGCUAGAAUUUCUGGGGAUGGGGUUUGGACUCUGCAUUUAUAAAAAGAGCCUUCUUAAAUUUGAACAUCUCUGCCCUAAAUUGUGGAUUGGUGCUCCCAUCACCAUUCCCACACUGUAACAGGAUGGAUUCAGGGCAGAUUGUCUCCAGCAAUGAAUCAGACAAAAGUGCUCCACCAACCAGGCCCUUGAAUCACCUUCCUUGUCCUGUGAAUCAGCACAGCCUGCCACGGCAAAGUUGUAUCAGCCCACUCCUGGAAAUGAUCAGUGAAGGUCCCAUCAUGGGCUGCUCAUAGUCCUGUGGACCAGGUGCUAAACUUACCUACCAGAGAUUAACAUUCCAGAUGAACGGGGCUGAAAUUUAAUCCUGGAUGGAAUAUGUUAUAACACUCAAGAAAUACGAACAUGAAAUUCUUAUUCUCUAGAAAUUACAAAACGUAAGUAAAAUGAAGAAAUUUUAAGUCACCAUAAUUGUACGGAACAGUCAAAUAUUAUUAGUAUAUUCUCCAGAAUUUUUCAAAUGCAUGAGUAUAUUUAUUUUCUGAAAGAAAACAGCCUAUUUUGCAUUUAUCAUGCCAUGAACUUAUACAUCAUCAUACCUAAUUUUUUUCUAAGAUCAGCAUGUUUUAUAAUACAUUCAUGAUUAUGAUACAAAGAUAGUAAAAUUAAGUAUAAAUUGGGAAUAUUUUUCAAGUAAAAACAUGGCAUUCUCUACCUAUGAACACAAACAAUAUUAAUUCAAACUAAAUGUCUUGUUUAACCAAUCACAAUUUUCCAAAAGAUGUUUAUGAUUUCUUCCAAUAACAAGACCAUAAAAUAUAUACUAUCCUGCAGAUCAUUUUUUUGUCCUCUGACAAAUAGUUUUCUUUUUUAUAAAACAAUUGUAGCAUAUUCUUUUAAAUUGAUAUAUACUCUUACAGUUCAGCAGAUGUCCCAUAAUUUACCAAAGUAUUCAUCUCUCAUUGUAAUUCCCUUUUUUUGUAAAUUACAAAAGUUGUGGUUAAUAUUAAGACAGCUUUUGACCAAAUAGCUUUUAGAAUUGCUGUGUCAAAGAAAACGAAAAAAUUAAAUUGGCUCUAGGUUGCCUUCCAAAAAUACAAUAUUUACUUAAAUCUUCUACAGUUACAACGCCAACAUCUGCAAAAAUAGAACUAAUAUUUUUUAAGUGUGACUUUUAAAAAAAUCUGGAAACAUUGCAAAGUAGGAUGAUCGCAUUCUAAUAAUUUCAUAUUCUUAAGUGCCCCACUGUCAUCUUCCUUUACUUCUGGAAGGAAACAUGUAGAUAUUAACACAGUUGCACCUUCAUCUCCUCAUCCCCUUCCCCACUGGCAGUAGUUUUAAUAGCAAGCCCCAUGUGGGUAUUAGCAUUUAAUGGAGCAUCACUCCUGUUCUCGGCUUCGUCCAUUCAGUCAGUCUAAUCUAACCCACAAAAGCCUUACCCAGUCCACAACCCCCGCCCUAUCCCCAAAUCUAACACUUUCAGUGACCACUGGUUUUGGCAACUCUGUGACCGCUUCCUGGCCAGCACCGUGACUUCUUCAAACCUUGUUUAUUUUUCCAAAUUGUCUUGGAUAUGAGCAUCUUCUCUGCCGUACGGCUGCUGCCUUCCUCUAAGAUGGCCGUGCCCAUGGUGCUCCAGCUAAGGCUCCACUCUCGGCUAUAAUGGGCACAAAGGGCGCCGCCAUCUUUUUUCCCCCACAGCAGGCUGAAUAGAAUACCACUGCGCCGUGUUGGCCUUGGCUGGGCACCCGACUCUUGAGUGUCCCUUGCAACGAAGAGAGAAAGGCACUGAGGUGACUAAGAGUGAGUCCCACAGCCAUAUGGCCGCUCCUGUCAGAAACGCUGCGAUGGGCGCAGCCCUGUGACCUCAUAGAGCGGCGCCCGCAGUCUGAACUCGCGAUCCCGGGCAGGCUCUGUGGUCCUCGCCUCACUUCACCGCCUUCACCGCUCAGCUUCCCGGAGGCCGCGCAGGGCGCGUCUGAAUAGGAAGCGUUUUCGGACGUGGAUGCGGCGUUUUGUCGCUGCCAGUGGUGUCUGGAGAGGUUCGGGCUCGGUCCUCAGGUCCCGGCUCCCAGAAGCAAAAUAACUCAAGUGAAGCAAUGAAGGAAGAAGAAGGAGGUUGCUGGCCUUGGAUAUGAUAAUUUCUGGGGACAACUUUAAGUGGACACUAAUAUUUCUGACUAGGAAAACUUCAAAAACUUCAUGGCAAAUGCAGAAGAGACAAAGAUAUAUAGUCCAUGUUAUCCACUAUUUUCUGAGCACAGAAGAAAAUGAUCAAGACCCAGGAAUCACUGACCCUGGAGGAUGUGGCUGUGGAAUUCAGCUGGGAGGAGUGGCAGCUCCUGGACACUGCUCAGAAGAACCUGUACCGGGAUGUGAUGGUGGAGAACUAUAACCACCUAGUAUCACUGGGGUAUCAAACUAGCAAACCAGAUGUACUCUCCAAGUUGGAGCAUGGACAAGAACCAUGGAUAACAGAUGCUAAAAUUCAGAAUAAAAAUUGUCCAGGAAUCGGGAAAGUUGACAGUCAUCUGCAAGAGCACUCUCCAAAUCAAAGACUUCUGAAGAGCGUGCAGCAAUGCAAUGGACAGAAUACACUUAGAAAUAUUGUACAUCUCAGCAAGACACAUUUUCCUAUAGUGCAAAAUCAUGAUACAUUUGACUUGUACAGAAAAAAUUUGAAAUCAAGUUUAAGUUUAAUCAACCAGAAGAGAAGACAUGGAAUAAAUAACCCUGUUGAGUUUAUUGGAGGUGAGAAAACACUUCUACAUGGUAAGCAUGAACGUACGCAUACUAAAACUAGAUUUUCUGAAAAUGCAAAAUGUAUCCAUACUAAAUUCCAAGUCUUUAAGCAUCAGAGGACUCAGAAAAUUGAGAAACCCCAUGCAUGCAUUGAAUGUGAGCAAACCUUCCUUAGGAAGUCUCAGCUCAUUUACCAUGAGAACAUUUGUAUACAAGAGAAUCCUGGAAGUGGUCAAUGUGAGAAAUUAUCCAGAAGUGUCCUGUUCACUAAGCAUCUGAAAACUAAUACAACAGACAAAAUCUGUAUACCCAGUGAAUAUAGAAAAGGCUCUACUGUGAAGACUAGUCUCAUUACACAUCAACAAACCCAUACAGAAGAGAAAUCCUAUAUGUGCAGUGAGUGUGGAAAGGGCUUUACAAUGAAGCGCUAUCUAAUUGCUCAUCAGCGAACUCAUAGUGGAGAGAAACCUUAUGUGUGCAAUGAAUGUGGAAAAGGUUUCACUGUGAAGAGCAAUCUCAUUGUACAUCAGCGAACUCAUACAGGGGAGAAACCCUAUAUAUGCAGUGAAUGUGGAAAAGGCUUCACCAUGAAGCGCUAUCUUGUUGUACAUCAGCGAACUCAUACUGGAGAGAAACCCUAUAUGUGCAGUGAAUGUGGAAAAGGCUUUACCGUGAAGAGCAAUCUCAUUGUACAUCAGCGUUCCCAUACAGGAGAAAAAUCUUACAUAUGCAGCGAAUGUGGAAAAGGCUUCACUGUCAAACGCACUCUCAUUAUACAUCAGCGAACUCAUACAGGAGAGAAAUCUUACAUAUGCAAUGAAUGUGGUAAAGGCUUCACCACAAAGCGCACUCUUAUUAUACAUCAGCGAACUCAUACAGGAGAAAAACCCUAUGAAUGCAAUGAAUGUGGUAAAGCCUUCAGCCAGAAAAUAUGCCUCAUACAACAUGAGAGAUGUCAUACAGGAAAGACUCCCUUUGUAUGUACCGACUGCGGAAAAUCCUAUUCACACAAAUAUGGCCUCAUUACCCAUCAGAGAAUUCACACAGGAGAGAAACCUUAUGAGUGCAAUGAAUGUGGAAAAGCCUUCACCACAAAGUCAGUACUCAAUGUACAUCAAAGAACGCAUACAGGAGAGAGGCCGUAUGGAUGCAGUGAUUGUGAGAAAGCCUUCUCCCACUUAUCAAACCUUGUCAAACAUAAGAAAAUGCACACAAGAGACGGGUAGAAUCAGUCAAGUUGAAAACUCCUGUAAUGGAGAGUCACAGCUCCUUCCUUAUAAGUGAACUCAUGCAGAAGAAAACCCUACUAGUGCCGUGACUAUGGAAAUGCCUUUUGUGGCAACUCAGACUUCAUUAAACAUCAGUGUGUUUCUAGCCAGUUGGAACAUAAACAUGGUGCUGCCUGUUGACAGAUGUGUGUCUGUCCUCAGGAGGUGAAAUAAUUUGCCCUAGAGAUCAAUUUGAUGAAUACAGUAAAUAAGGUAGUGCCUUUAGUGGUCUUUUACCUCAUAUUUUCUGUCAGUGAAAACACGUUGAAUAAACUAUAUUAAUGUGGAGAUGUUUUGAGCAAUAAUUUCUGCUCAUAUGUCUGAAAAGUAUACAGAGAUAAAUUCUGUGAAUACAAAGACUAGGAAAAGUCUUCCGUGGAAAGAUAGACUUUAUUAUCAGGUUUCAUCAUAGAUUUCAACGUAAGUGAGCUUAUUGUUGAUAGAAACAUGAUGACCAUGACAAAGUCUUUACUCAGAAAUAUGACCUCAGUGAGUGUCAAAGUUUACACUGGAAAAUAACUUUAAGGUGACAGUAUUGAUGGCAGGAUUUCAGCGACGCACUCUGCUUCAUCAUUUGUCAGGAGAUCACAUAGAAAGUAAAAUUGUUCCGAACAUGCUAUCAAAUAAAUGUGGAACACCUUUAGCAAACUAUCAACAGCUCAUGAAGGCAUGAAAUGUGGUGAAAAUGAUGAAUAUUUGAGUGCUUUUUCUUAAUAAGUAUAACCUUAAACAUCAGAUAAUACACCUGGUGUGCAUUUUCAGACAGGAUACCUUAAUCCUCAUUUCUAGUUGCCUUGCCAAUGAUUCCAUAAUAUACUGUCUCAUUACUGUUUAUUUUUACUGUUGUGUAAAAUUGUGGUAUAGUAAGAAAUACAUUUGGUCUUUGUUCCUGGUUCCUGGCAUAGAGCUCCUAAAACCCUUAGAAUUUCAUGAGUGAUAAGAGUUUUUUGGUUUGGUUUUGUUUUUGCUGUUGUUGUUAUUCAUAGCACUGCCCUGUUAAUUACACCUGAUUAUACUACUAAAGUGACUUAUGGUUGGUCCCCUAGACAGCCUCAGAAUGGGGCUGUUCUCUAGGAAGAUCAAGUAACUAGAGGAUAGAAACUUUGUGCCCCAUUUCUCCCACCUCCUGGAAGGGGAGGGGUGCUGGAGAUUAGAUUAGACAAUGAGAUUAAGAGAACUCCAAAUAGCCCAGGAGGGUGGUGCACCCCCAACUUCAUAGGAAUAGAGGCUCCUGAGAUUAGGAGAACCCUUUUUAGGCUUUACUCUAUGUACCUCUUCAUUUGAGUGUUCAUUUGCGUCCUUUAUAACCAGUAAAACAAAGUACGCUGUUUUCUUGAGUUUUGUGAGCCCUGUAGCAAAUUAUCAAACCUUAGUAGGGUAGUGGGAACUCAGAAUUUAUCACCAUUCAGAACAGCAGGUUGUCCUUGUGAGUGGCAUCUGAUGUGGGGGAAGUCUUGGACCGAGCCCCUUAACUUGUGGAGUCUGCACUAAUUUGGACUGCACUAACUAACUUGGACUGUACUACCUUGGACUGCACUAACUUGUGGAGUCUGCACUAACUUGGAGAAGUUAGUGUCAGAAUUGAAUUGUAGAACACCCAGUUGUUCAGAAUUGAAUUGUAGAACACCCAGUUGGUGUGGGAGAAUUAGAGAAUUUAUUGGUGUCAGAAAAUACUCCAGAACAACCACCCCAUAUUAUGAUUAGCUCUUUUCCUUUCUUUGGCUCUAAGCUUAAUUGUACAUUAAGCAAACUUAAGUAGAAAAGAAACUGAAUAUGUUAAAUAUAUUAACAUAACAACAUAUUUGGACUUGCUUAACUAAGAUUAUAGAGAUGAUCAGUUUAUAAAACCACCUUCAACUUAAAUAAAUUUGAACUCAAAAGAAAUCGCAAAACCAGUCUAGAGGCUUUGCUAGUAUCCUUCAACCAAUUUCUAGUAAAAAUAUCCUAUAUAACUGUAAUUAUCAAAACCGGAAAAACAACAUUGGUAGGAUACUAUAAAGUAAACUAAUCUUAUUUUGGAUUUGACUAAUUUUUACAUGUUUUUUUCUUUUUUAGUUUGUACUCUAAGAAGUUGUAUUACAUGUAUAGAUUCGUGUAACCACUGCAACCACAUAAAACUAAUAAACACAAAGUCCCUCAUGCUACCUUUUUAUGCUUACACUCUAUCCAAACCUAACUCUGCCAACCACUUUUCUCCUAUCAGUAUAAUUUCAUCAUUUCAUGAAUGUGAUAAAAAUAAAAUUGUUUUUGUAAA